AGCCGCCAAAGGUGGAGGUGUACUCCCGCAGGCAUGCUGGGGAAGGGGAGGAGAACACCCUCAACUGCUUUGUGAGUGGUUUCCACCCUCCAAAGAUCAACAUCGAGCUCCUGCGGAAUGGGGAACCCAUGAGCGGCGUGACCUAUGCCGACAUGUCAUUCGACAAGAAGUGGAACUUUGAGCGCCUGGUCUACGCCCCGUUCUCCCCCAGGAGGGGCGAGGAGUAUGUCUGCAGGGUCACCCACUCGACCCUCAAAGAGCCGCAGUCUUACCGAUGGGAUCCCUCGGUGCUAUCUUCCCGCCUGGCGAGGAGGAACUGGAAAUUCCCGGAGGAACUGGAAAUUCCCAGUGACUAG